AUGGGCAAUAACUGUGUUCAUGGAAAAAUUUCCAAGAAUGGCUUUUUCUACACAAUCUCACACUCACUCUGGCCGUCCGACAAGUCGCCGGACGUGAUAUCAUACAAUGAGAAAUCCGGCCAGCCUCCGAAUUCCGGUCGCACUGAAACUCACCCUCCGGAAAUGGUGAAAUUCGAGCCCCAGCCCGUCAAACUAGAGCCUAUUCUCAUACCAAAGGAGGAGGCUAAGCCCGAGCCAGAGGCCCGGACGAUCCCCACAUGGGAGGAAGCCAUCAAGAAAACCGAGGACAAAAGACCCGACCCGAACCCGCCCCAUCUGCCCGAGCCCGCCGCCCGGCCACUGAACAAGCCUACUCGGACUCCCCACAACGAGCACUUUAGCCUCGGCCAGAAGCUCGGGCACGGGCAGUUCGGGACCACAUUCCUCUGCACCGAGAAGAAAACCGGGAAAGAGUACGCCUGCAAGUCGAUCGCGAAAAGGAAGCUUCUAAAUCAGGAUGAUUUGGAGGAUGUAAGGCGAGAAGUCGAGAUCAUGCACCACCUGUCGGGAAAUCCGAGUGUUGUCUCGAUUAAGGGUGCUUAUGAGGACAGCGUGGCAGUCCAUGUGGUCAUGGAGCUCUGUGCCGGUGGAGAGCUUUUUGAGAGGAUCGUGAAGAGGGGGCAUUAUACAGAGAAAAAGGCUGCUGAGCUGGCGAGGACGGUGGUGGGGUUUAUCGAGACGUGUCACUCGUUGGGGGUGAUGCAUCGGGACUUGAAGCCCGAGAACUUCUUGUUUGUUGGGGAGGAGGAGGAUUCGCCCUUGAAGGCCAUCGAUUUUGGGCUUUCGGUUUUUUUCAGGCCAGGGGAAACUUUCUCGGAUAUCGUUGGGAGCCCUUACUAUGUAGCCCCUGAAGUCCUUUUACAAAGUUAUGGACCAGAAGCCGACGUUUGGAGUGCAGGGGUCAUAAUCUUUAUUCUUCUCUCUGGUGUUCCUCCAUUUUGGGGUGAGAGCGAACAGGAAAUAUUCGAGGAGGUCUUACGUGGAGAUAUCGAUUUCACUUCGGACCCUUGGCCCACGAUUUCCGAAAGUGCCAAGGAUCUUGUGAAGAAGAUGCUUGUUCGGGACCCGAAGAAGAGAUUAACGGCUCACCAAGUUCUAUGCCAUCCUUGGGUGCAUGUUGAUGGAGUAGCUCCUGAUAAGCCUCUCGAUUCUGCAGUUUUGAGUCGCUUGACUCAGUUCUCGGCUAUGGACAAGCUUAAGAAGAUGGCUCUUAGAGUAAUUGCCGAGAGUCUAUCAGAAGAAGAAAUUGCAGGGCUUAAAGAAAUGUUCAAGAUGAUCGACACGGACAAUAGUGGCUACAUUACUUUCGAAGAGCUCAAGGCCGGCUUAAAAAGAUACGGAUCCAAUCUCAACGAAUCCGAAAUUCAUGACUUGAUGAAUGCCGCGGAUGUCGAUAAUAGUGGCACGAUCGACUAUGGCGAGUUCAUAGCAGCAACCCUGCACUUGAACAAGAUCGAGAAGGAAGAUCAUCUCUUCAGGGCAUUCUCGUACUUCGACAAGGAUGGCAGUGGAUACAUCACACAAGACGAGCUCCAAAAGGCUUUUCAAGAGUUCGGCAUCGAGGAUUCUCACUUGGAAGAAGUGAUUCGUGAAGCCGAUCAAGACAAUGAUGGGAGGAUAGACUAUAAUGAGUUUGUGGCAAUGAUGCAAAAAGGAAAUGGUGAUUUUGGUAAUAAGAGAUAUCAGAGUAAGUUUGAUGUUGGAUUCAGAGAGGCAAUGCCAAUGCCAGUUUGUUAA